ACUUCAUGCGGGUAACAAUUAAAAUUUGAUCGAUAAUUGCUAAAUCAAAAGCUGAGUUGAACAGUACAGUUCUCAGUUUCUUUUAAAUGCGAAAAAAACAACAAUGCAAGGUCCUUCGUGGCAAAGUAAUCAGUAACAUACAACCUAGGAAUAAAGUAGGGCAUGUGUUUAUGAGGAGGUCAAGUGAAAGACUCCUUUUUGUGCCGUAUUUCCGCAGUGUGUUUGAACCCACACAGUGAGGUCUGGGAAAGCAUCUGGGGGCUAUUAGUUUGCAAGUAGCUUAAGGAGAUAAAGGUAUGCUGUUACGGGGCGUCCUGAGACAGGAAGAGAUAAAAGCAGCUCCUGAGGAGUGUUUACAGCCUGAAAUGAAAAGAGGCAGGAAAACAUGGGGUCUGCUACACACACAGUGUGUGUGCUCCUGUGUUUCUUAGUCUCAAGAUAAUGCUUCACACUCCAGACUGUGGGCCCAUGUACGGUCAACAGAGAGAUGGCUGCAUUUGACUGCAGUGGGAAAAGACUUACAUCAGUACCAGAGCACAUCUGGAUGAACGUAACCGAACUGGACCUGUCUGAAAAUCUGUUAGACUUUUCCCACCAUGACAGCUUUAAGAGCCUGAAUCUUUUUAGCGAUUUAGUCUCACUGAACCUAUCAGGCAACUACCUCCCCCUACUGUUAAAAGACCAUCUCUACGGCCUUUCUUCUCUUAAAGUACUUGACCUGAGUAGGUGUAAACUGGCCGCAGUGGGGGCAAACGCUCUCACCAGUCUUUCCAGUUUACAGAUGCUCUUCCUGGGGGACUUUCAGUCGAUUGCAGUUAAAGACUUGAGAUUUAGUCAAUUUGGGGAACUUAGAGGAGAACAGAGUUACAGACAGAAAGCAGGAGACAGAGUAAUGAUGACCAGAGCAUCAAAACACACGGCACAUGAUGACCACAGUGAUGGACAUUCUAAGGAUGUCAACCGUGGAACCUUCCUUCGUAAACUAUUCACAGUGGAACCAACGCCUACAAACAAUACAAAUAAUGGCAUGGAACCAGAUUAUGAUUCCAAAACGUCUUCAGAAAGCUGGAAGGUCCUUGUGGCUGUUCUGGGGUCAGCUCUGACCCUCUCUGUCCUUAUCGCUUUGCUGGCCAAAUACAAAGUCGUGCACAAGUAUCUGGCGAGCUACAGACACUCCAGGCUCAGUGAAGUAGAUGCCACGAGUCAGUGUGACCCUGCAAACUUUGAGGUGGGAUUCUCAACCCAGGGGGGCCCUGGGAUCCGUGCAGCUGCACCUACCAGUGGCAUUGAGGAGGAUGACGAUGGGUUUAUUGAAGACAACUAUAUUCAAGCGAGUGAGAGUGAGAGAGCCACAAGAGCAGCAGAGCUGACUGAUAAUGAUGAGGAGGAGGAAGAGAUUGAAUUUAGUAUUGGCUAGCAUUAUUUGGUGUAAUGUUGUUAAAUGUAAUAACUUACAUUAAAUAGUCAUUAACAAACAUUCAAUACUUCAUAAUCAGUUAUCAAACUAUUGAUUGAUUAAUUCAUUUAAAAAAAAGGAAUUUGAACACUUAAGACAAAAAACAAAACAAAACAAAAAAACUGUCAAAAACUUUUCUAGGGCCACUUUUUUUUAAAGCAUCUGAAAAUAUAUGAAUUAAAGUUGAAUUACAUUUGAAUGUACAGUAGGCAACACGAAAUAUUGAUCUGUUCAGCAUUUUAUACAAUGUUUGUAAACAUUAUUAAUGAGUUAUUAUAAAUUUUUAUUUUAAAUGAUAAUAUUAAUAAUCAUUAACUUUUAAGGAUUUUUCCUUCGAGAAUGUGCAUUUACAUUUACUUUUAAUUACAUUUUUCUGUACCAUAUAUAUUUUGUUUUGUUUGUUGCACUUCAUUUUAUUCACUUUUUUUUAAAUGCUAUUCUUUCAUUGGCCACUGGGCGCCGCCUUUGUGUACUUUAUUACUUAGCCUAGAAUUAAAUAUUAAAAUGUUAUUAUUGAUAUUAUAACAUAUUUUUGUUAUUAAUACAUAAACGUUACAUGCAUUCACGUCAUCUUAAACGAAUGCAUGUUAGUAUUUUUAUUAAUUUAUUUUUAUCUACUAUUUAAUAAAGGAUUGUCACCUGAAAG